AUGAAAAAAGUUUUUUUCAACAUUACAAGAGAUGAAAGCAUCGGUAAAAUAAGUUUCAUUGACCAUAUGCUCUAAUGCCGUCAGAGUAUAUUGAAUUUUUUGUUAGAAAAGAAAUUUCAGAAAAAAGUUUUAACACUUUAAAGUUGUCUUUAAAAAAAAAUUUCGGAAAACUAAAAUAAAAAACAACAUUUUUUUAUAGCAGAAACAGUUUAAAGAAAAAUGAUGUGUCGUAGUGUUUAGAUUUUGAAAGAACGCAAUUAUUUUUUCUAGGUUUUCGGUGAUAUUCCUCAUUCGGAAAAAGGCGGUGCCUACUAUUUCAUAGUAAUGUUUUUUUUUAACAACUAUUGCGGCGACACUACUUUCAGCCGGAUUUUUCGUUUUAUCAAUUAUUCUGUGGGGACAUUUCAAGCCAGUAGGUCCAAAUUUAAAUAACUUAUUCGUCUCAACACGUCUUCUUUAAGAUAAACUUUUUCCUAUUUCUCACUCAAUUAACAUCAUCUGCUUUCUUCAUUCUGCGUUGAACUUGCUCAUUAACGUCCCUGCAGCUUUAAAUCUCAUUUCUAGUGAAUCUUCUCAAUCGGGUAUGUCUACAAACAACUUUGGAAACUAUGUCAAUACCCUGAAAAGGAGCAUCGGCGCUUGAAUAUAAAUGUGUCAAUUGUGUGUGAUGCCAGAGCAAGAUUUAAAAUUUUUACAGAUUAAAUAUAAAUUCAGAAACACUAUCAAUUUCAAAGUUCAUGUCUCUAAAGCGAAGGUGCUCACAAUAACGUUCAAAAAAAUUGUUUUAACGAAAAUAUAGCCACACCAUAUUAAUAGCAAGUGAAAUUUGAAAAAUGUUGGAUUUUGAUGAAAACCCUUGAAAUGUUCUCAAAAAAAUGGUAUUUCAGCAAUUUUCGGAGUUGUUUCUUAUACAAUCGACUUUUUCCAUUACUCUAUUAUGUUUUCAAAUUUAAUAAUUGCUAUUCAACGUGCUUUUGUUUUCUUCUUCCGACAUCGCAGCGACAAAGUUUUUGAUACGUAUGACGAUCUGAUUGAUUCAGGUUUCCAAUAUAAUUUCAGACCAAUCAUCUACGCUUGGCUCAUGUCCGUUUGGAUUUUCCCAUUUUUAAUCGAGUAUGCUUUUGCAUCGAAUAAAUGUAAAUACGCUAUGAACUACAGGAAAACGUAUAAUACUAAAUUGUGAAGAGAUUCUUGCAAUGAAACCAUUCUACAGAGCUCCACAUACGGGAAUUGCUGUGGUACUUUUUCAUCGUAGGCUUCUAGAAAAAUUCUCAAACUUUCAGAUAGAAAGCAUUGUUCAAAUAGGUAUCCCCAUCAUUGUUUUCGUGAUUUAUUGUGCUAUAAUAAUCAAAAUAUUUUCCAUGAAAAGAACUGCGUUGAACCAAAAUGAGCUCGGUAUACUGAAACAAGCAGUUUUUGUUUUUAUAGUUUUCCAUAUAAACGAUUUUCUUUAAAUCUAAAACAUGGUUGAGAAAAAUUGAGGCUUCAUCAUUGGUGUUCUUAUGUUCUCAAAUCUUUGAAAUUAGCAACGUGACCGCAUUUUUGGUCAAACGAUUCGUGAAUACGAUAAUCAAAAAUUGUAAAAGAUGGAAUAAAACUUUGCAAAAAAAUUCCAGAUGGAAAUUUUUGAAUGAGCUGCAACGCCAUGCUUCUUUUUCUUCAAGUCAAAAGAAAUGCGUAAAUUGGUUUCAAUAAGAGUUUCAGCAUCAAGUUCGCAAGGAGGCUCUAACGUUCGAGUUCUGCGGAGUUCUGAGGAACAAACUGCGGAAUAA